AUGGGAUUUUUUGACUUAUACCAUUUUUGUGGCUGCGCAAUUAUAUCCGAUCGUUGGGUGGUUACGGCAGCGUAUUGCCUUCGUAAUAAUCCAAUAGAAGAACUGCGAAUAAGAGUUGGAUCGAAUGAGGCUAAUACGGGUGGCCAAGUGUUCAAUGUGGAAAAAGCAAUUCCACAUCCGUCAUACGAGAAAAAACGAAAUGAUAUUGGUUUGAUUCGUGUACAAGGGAAUAUCACAUUCAAUGAUAAAGUUAAAACAAUCCAGUUGGAAACUAACGAAGUUCCGUCUGGAACAGAGCUAUUGGUUACUGGUUGGGGAACAACUGAAACAGGCGAUCCAGACGAUCUGCAACAGCUCAGAGUAAAGGCUAUUUCAGAUGCAGAGUGUAAAAACGCAUGGAAUGUAACAGAUGAAAUUCUUUGCACAUUUACGAAACGUGGCGAAGGAAUGUGCAGGGCUGACUCCGGUGGGCCUCUCGUUCGAGGUGAUAAACUCAUUGGAUUAGUUAGCUUUGAUGUGCCCGAGGAGUUCCUGACGGUUUUACGAAAGUGUCCCACUUCAUCAGCUGGAUCGAAACAAUCGUGA